UGGUUUUGGGAAUAGGGCGAGCGUCGAUGUCAUUUUCGGCACUAAUCUAGACUUGAGUAUGUUGCCACGGGACGCAAGCACUCGGCUGUCCGCUGACUGCAGUACAUAUUGGAAAUAUGGCGUCGAUGACAGUGAAUUGGAGAGAAUCGUAUAUGUGAGAAGGACCUUGAGAAAACCCGAUACCACAUACGCUAACGGUUGACGUGUUUCAGAGUACAACAGAAGGGUCAUCGUUCUCCCAAACGGAAAGAAGUUUUAAAGUCUUGUAUGUGCAGUGGCAUAUUUGCUAACUGCUUGUGUGUUGUCACUUAUGAAAACCCUCAGUUUUAUCGAUUCCACCAAUGCUCCCGGCCCAUGGGCUCUGGCCAACUUCGCCAUACGAUCAACAACUUUAUCAAUUCUUCAGAAGGCAGGACUCUCGAGUUUGCUCAUGUCGAACAUCUACUCGUCCGAAGAGUUCUGGGCAAAAAUGGGGAAUCAAAGAUUUCUGCAUCGUGGUGACAAAGGUCAAUUAGCUUCUUUUGGGAUGUGCUAUCGCUAUCUAUGCGGUUGGGAUGUAGGAGUGAGCUUCACCCAAUUCAUUCGCACGCGCGGCGAGGUGACAUAUUUCUGCAUUAACUACCCCUCGCGAGCUCGCGAGAAAUUGGAAGCAUACCUACGUCAGCAUCCGAGCUACGCGUAUCGUGAGUUCUUCAUAGACGCGGUUGCAGCAAAUGACUGCUUCAAGGGCUGGCAGUUGGUUGUUGGCGAACGACGAGAAUCACUCUUGUAUCUUGAAAGGAAAUAUGCCGGCGAUACAAAUAUCGACUUCAACCUCGCUACCAGACAAUUGCAUGAUCUGUCGAAAGACUGGUACACUCUGGAGCAGGACAUCUGGGCCUACAAUUCGCAAAUCAGAUUUCUGAAAGAAUCGCUCGAUAUAUACCUCUCCAAGCUUAGCGACCCGUCAGUUGACUGGAUGGUGGACAAAUUCUCGACCACGGGCGAAUCUUUUGAAGUUCUGCAGUCUCAAGCUGAGAGCCUGUCGCGAUGGAUUACGGUAUAUCGCGAGCGAACCGCCGUCCAAAUAAAUCUGCUCUUCAACCUCGCCAGCCAGCGCGAAUCCCACACCAGCACCGAAAUCGCCCAGUCCACCGCAAAAGUAGCCGAGCAAACCCAACGCGAUUCCUCGUCCAUGAUCACCAUUGCAGCCGUGACUAUGGCGUUUCUACCGGGGACCUUCAUCUGCGCAAUCCUCAGCACCACGUUCUUUGAUUUCGGCGUCGACGGGCUUAGUGUCUCGAGACAGUGGUGGAUUUUACCUGCCACGACGAUCCCUCUUAUGAUUGUGGUGUUUGCGGUGUGGCUUGGGUGGCAGCAUCUGAGAUUUGCCAAUGUUAGGGAUGAGCAUACUGGGAAACCGGAGAAGUAUGCUGCUGCAAACUCUGCUACUGGAGAGUACAAUGCGUAGAAUAGAGUCGGUUAAGAAGAGUAGGGUAAGCGAACUUCUAUAGGUUUCGUGUUUCAAUCUUUCUAAGAGCCAUCUUACCUUCCGCGCUUUUAAUAAACAUGGCGAAGACAAGUCGAACACCAGGUGUUGUGUUGACAUUAGCUGGU